CCUGUCGUCAAGGACCGUUCUCAAUUAUGAACGCCUUGAUCCAUCGCAUGUCGUAUCUUCGGAAUACUCCGCUUGAUUCGGUCUCACGAUACCUGACCUAGGAUGUACCGCCCUGGACUUGGCAUCAGGCCCCAGGGCUCGCGGGGCUCAUAAAGGGGACUUAGACCUCCCUUCGGGCGAGACUGCCCCGAGGACUUUUAUGCGGGCGCCUUUGUCCUCGUCACUUGUCGUUGAUUUCACUGCUGUACUGACAGUCAUGCUGCUGCGGACGCAAAAGCUGCUCUAUGUACUUCCUCGCGUGUUGAUCCUGCCAUUGUGUGUCACUGCACUGUUCAUCUACCAUGUGUACGAGUACCGUGUCGAACUUGGCAGAACUCAUCUGCGGUCGCCCGAAGCGACGCCAUACCGGACGCUGAAUGGAUCGGCCCUACCUCUUAGCAUCUCAAAUGGAUCCCUUCCUCGGAUACACUUGCUGAUGCCUAUGGAUCAUGCCACGGCCAAGAAGAACAAACGCUUCUGCCGAAGUAUCGAGAGUGCCAUUGUGAACGGCUGGGAGCCUAUCGUCUACAACUGGGACAAGGAAGAUAUAAAUUUUCUCCACGGCAAGGUGCACGGUCUCGCCAAGUUGCUUGCCUCUCCAUCACACUCUGAGCAUAUGGCCGAAGAUGACUUGAUAGUCAUGAUCGACGCCUCGGAUGUUUGGCUUCAGCUUUCUCCGACAGUCAUGGCACGUCGCUUCUUGGAAUAUGAUUCGGACGUCAUUGCAUCGACUCAGAAGUCGUGUUGGCCGAAUGACAAGAGCAGUGAAACAUGCCUCCGCGCGCCGGCAUCCCUGCUACCCGUCGGACUGUACCAUGACAAGGACGACGAGAGUGAUCUGAGCAUCUUCAGUCCAAACGGCAUACGGCCACAGUACGCCAAUUCAGGGUCUAUCAUCGGUCGUCUUCAUGCCAUGAAGACCCUAUACGCAGAGCUGAUCAGUGUGCUGGACAGGGACGACUUUGAGUUUGAUGGGGAUCAAGGUGCCUUCAACGUCCUCCUCAGUCAGGGGAAGAUACGACUCGACUAUUGGUCUCGACUCUUUUGGGCUGCCGAUGAGGACCUCGACCAGGUCAAAUUUGUCAACACCCGAUACCCGCCAGAUCCGACCACUUCAGACGAUCUCGUGACGCCAUGGGCGCUCUACCCGUCCCUUCUGCAUCAUACCAAGACUGGCGAGGUACCAGUGGCUGUGCACCUGAACGGGCCAAAGAAGAAGCGAUCCAGAUUGGAGCAGUGGUGGGGUUAUCAUUGGUGGAACUCGGGUCGGGAGAGGUUCAGGAAUAUCGUCAGUGAACGACUCGGGCGAGGUUCUGUCAGAAUUGUCAAACGUGAAGGUUUUAAAACAAUCAGCGUCAGGGAGCUCUGCCCCAUGUUGGAUGUCUGGGAUUGGCACCCCAAGUUGCCCCUGGACGGCUUGUAA